AUGAGUCAAAUGACCAAGGUCAGACAAGCUCUCACCACCAAUGAAAAGGGGAAAUUUAUUGCUCAACCUUACCCCAAUCCUUCAAAGCAAACCAACUUGAUAAAUUCAUCUAGUGGGCAUGGGGAGGUUAAUGGGCAUGAGCAAGUGCAAUAUAUCCUUACUUUAAGAAAUGGAAAAGUUGUGGAUAGACCUAUACCCUUUGAGAAUAGUGAUGAAAAUGAUAGAGUUAAGAAGCAACGAGCACAAGUAGAAGAAAGUGAGAGACAACCAAGCGAGGAAAAGGUAGCGCCUAGCAAGGAGAGUGAGGACAUCCCCAAGCUACCAUUUCCUCAAAGGCUAAGGAAGAGCACCAAUGAGGCAUUGCCUAAGAAGAUGUUUGAGCUAUUUAGACAAGUUAAGAUCAAUAUACCUCUCCUAGAUGCCAUUAAGAAAAUACCCUCUUAUGUCAAGUUUCUUAAGGAUUUGUGUACAGUGAAGAUGAAAUUAAAUGUUAAGGAGAAAGUUUUUCUAACGGAGCAAGCAAGCUCCAUUAUUCAAACCAACACCCUUCCUAAAUACAAGGACCCUGGUGAAUUAAAACCCAUUAGGAUUACCUUACAAUUAGCCGAUCGAUCUGUUAAGGUUCCUAGGGGUAUUGUUGAAGAUGUAAGUGGGGUGCUACAAUUUUGUUUUGGGAAUAUGGCCAUGGAGAUGAAUAUCUUUAAUAUGACUAAGUUUAUGGGUGAGUGUGAGGAUAUAAGGGAAGUAGAUUUUAUUCAUGCCUAUGUUAAGGAUAGUUUGGAGUCAACCCUUGCAAAGGAUCCGGUUGAAGGUGUGCUAGCAUUGGGUGUGAAAGAGAAUGGACCUUUAGAUGUUUGUCAUGUUCCUCAACAUGGAAGUAGUGAUUUUGAGGACACUAGUGGAAGGAAUGUGUUUAAGGUGAAUGACUAA